CGAAAAGUUCGUCUUGGGUGAAUACGCAACGAUCUAUUAUUCACCAUGCUGCCUAAUUCCUGAAAACUGUCUCCCAGCGCCCACAACGGCGACUAGGCUCUACAGUUAACCCGCUCUUCCCACGCGACCGCCCUUCCACUUCCUUAUCCACUGCCCUUUGCGAACGAGGGACUUAGCACCCCCACCACCGGCGUCAUGGUUCGCAACAUUGUCGUCCUCGGCGGGAGCUCGCACCCGCAGCUGACUGAGUAUGCGCCGACGAAUGCAAAAGCAAAAAAAGUCCGCAUGCUAACGAGGGUCAGGACCAUCUGCAACCACCUCGGCAUUCCGCCCGCAAAGGUCCUCCUUGGCAAGUUCAAGGUCGGCGAGACCAGGGUUGAGAUUGAAGAGAGUGUGCGUGGCAAGGAUGUCUUUAUCAUCCAGUCUGGCGGAGGUCCAGUGAACGACCACUUGAUGGAACUUCUCAUUACUAUCUCCGCCUGUCAGACAGCCUCGGCCAAGCGCAUCACCGCCGUCCUGCCGCUCUUCCCGUACUCGCGACAGUCCGACAUUCCCUACAACAAGACUGGCGCACCGCUCGCUAAGGCCCUUGGCACACGGUCGAGGACUGGCACAUACAGCUUCGAGUCGCGCCCUCAGACACCGCACCCAGGUCAGCCUGAAAGCGCAGGCUUGGGCGCCAAUGGCACAGCGACUCUGCACCACCAGCUCAGUCGCAUGAAGAUCGAUGAGCAGCGCAACGGCCCCUCGAACCCUUCCAGCCCAGUCAAGACGAACGGUCUCCGCCGUAGCGAGACGGUCGACUCGAGCAAGUCAGAGAACUCGGUACACUUCGAGGGCGCAAAUGGCACAAACGGCAUCAUCACAAAAUCGACGACCAGGCCUCCGGCUUUCGAGCCUCAGGUCGGAUACCGCCAGUGGGUUGCUCAGGCCGGUACACUGAUUGCCGAUCUCCUCACAUGCGCUGGCGCUGACCAUGUCAUUACCAUGGAUCUGCACGAUCCCCAGUACCAAGGCUUCUUCGACAUCCCAGUUGACAAUUUGUACGGUCGCCAUCUCCUCCGCAAAUACAUCCAGUCGAACAUUCCCAACUACCAACAAGCCGUUAUUGUGAGCCCUGACGCUGGAGGUGCGAAGCGAGCUACUGCCAUCGCCGAUGCGCUCGGCAUGCCUUUUGCGCUCAUUCACAAGGAGCGCCGGCCCACACAAAUCAAUGACAGGCAAAAUGCGACCAUGAUGCUUGUGGGUGACGUUGCUGACCGCACCGCCAUCUUGGUCGAUGAUUUGGCGGACACAUCGAACACCAUCACUCGUGCGGCCAAGCUGGUCAAGAAGGAGGGCGCUUCGCAGGUGUACGCGCUGAUCACCCAUGGAAUUCUCAGCGGAGAUGCUAUUGAUCGCAUCAACGCCAGUGCGUUGGACAAGGUUGUUGUUACCAACACUGUUGACCAGACCGAGCACAAGUCGAGGUGCCCUAAGUUGGAGGUUCUCGAAGUCGGCAAUGUUUUUGCAGAGGCUAUUCGACGCGUCCACCACGGCGAGAGCAUCAGCGUGCUAUUCGACUACAGCUAGUGGCUGAAUUCGGGCCGGACACCUGCUUCUUCUCGUGAAUAUUUCCUUUCCAAAACCAAAGACGCCUCAGCGCGAUAGAAAACAUGUCAGAGUGCGAGGACGGCAAUUUGGAAGACAUCCAGGGAUUGUUAUUUCUUUCUGUAACAGGCAAUAUCACAUACUGUGACUCUGCUUUUGUCUAUACAACUGCUGAGGAGCGGUAUACCAAGUACCUAGCCUGUAUGCUGCAUAUCUAUUGCACGGACGGCGUUGGGCGGCGUACAUGUAUAUCGUGUACGAUCAAACCUUGUAGACCUGAGGUAUCUUUACCCGAAUUCCGG